AUGAGAUUCUCCGUCACUGCCUUGUCUGCCCUCUUGGUGCCUUCGGCGGCACUGAGCUUUUUCAAUGGCGAAUCCCAGAGGGGCAUCACCUCUAAUGACGACUUGAAGAUUCCCGGAGAGUCUCCGCUGGAACACUGCCCUGGCAGAGAGGGCAAUGGCUACGUUGAGAUAAAGAGAGUGGAUCUGCUUCCCAACCCGCCAGCUGCUGGUCGGGACCUUAUCAUCAAGGCAACCGGAAACGUCAAUAAGACCAUAGAAGACGGCGCAUACAUCGACCUGGUUGUCAAGUACGGGCUGAUCAGACUCCUCAAGACCAGGAUUGACUUGUGUGAGCAAAUGGGUGAAGUCCAGCUGAAAUGCCCCCUCGAGCGCGGCGAGAGAGUCAUUACCAAGACCGUUAAAUUACCCAAGGAAAUUCCUCCCGGCACCUACAAUGUCGAAGCUGACGUCUUCACUGCUGGGCAGGAUAGAAUUACCUGCUUGACCGCUACUGUCAAGUUUAAUGUGCCUGGAACGGACCUCUUCGGGGCCGAGUUGUAG